AUGGUCAACACCACCCUUGAUCAAAACCCUCUAGAUCCCAAUUACGAAAAGCGCCGUAGCUCUCUUGGAAGCAUGGAGCACUCACAACAAGCCCAGUCCUCCAAAAAUAAGGAUAUCAUGGUGGACAGAGAAGUUGCCCCUUCUUCCCGCGCCAUGUGCAACGAGCUUGCACACCAACAUGCCACGGAAGAUCUCCACAGGAGCACAGAGCGCCGUCGGUCUUCGCAAGAUCUAGAUCACAAUUCUUUCCUAUCUGAUCUAAGUACCGACCGUGGACUCCAAGAACACCCCGAACAAAUUGGAGAGUAA